AUGUGCAGUACUGUUAGGACCAAUGCUUUGAAAGUUAUUGGUGAUACCCGUACCACACAUAUCGUUGAUCGGAUCAAAGCUGCUUGGGUACACGUUCAACUAUUUGGUGAAGUCCAAACCCUUGUCGUAGAGUACCGCCCGCCAAACGUCGUCCUUGUCGUGGCGGGCAACCACCUCCCAGGUGCACACAAGCAAAUCUUUUUGAAACAUUCACAUCUCUUAGGGAGUUCUUCAAAAACUUGA